GAAACAAACCCACGCUGCCAUCGGGAGACAUGGCAACGCCACCUCUCGGCCUCGCGCGCCCCGGCGCCGGCGCCGCCGCCGUCACCCCAGCCGCGGCAUGGUCCUCGUCCUGCUCCAGGCGCCCUCUCCGUCGUCUCCUUCCUUCAAAGAGGUGGAGUGGGGUGGUGAGGAUGGGAGCGACUGUGGGAGGGGAGCAGGAGGGCGAGGACGAGGAGGUGAAGCUGGCCAAGGAGAUGGCCGCCGCCAGGAGGCGGUGGGAGACCCUGAUUAGGGAGCAGAAAAUCAAGACUCUUACACCAAGGGAAGCUGGCUAUACAUUCAAACUCACAGACAAAGUCCUCCUGGAUGUUAGGCCCUCAAAUGAGCGUCAAAAGGCUUGGGUGAAAGGCUCUACCUGGAUUCCUGUAUUUGAUGUGGACACGUCGUUCGAUUUGAGUGGUGUCGGCAAUAAAGUCACCAACUUUGUGAUGGGUGGCUGGUGGAGUGGAAGCUCAACAAUGUCAGUUAACAAGAACUUUGUACAACAAGUUGAGGAGAAGUUCACCAAAGAUACGGAUAUUGUAGUAGUCUGCCAGAAGGGACUGAGAUCACUGGCUGCUUGUGAACAACUUUACGGUGCUGGUUUCCAAAAUUUAUUCUGGGUACAAGGAGGACUGGAAGCAGCUGAAGAAGAGGACUUUGAGAGAGAAGGUCCCCAGCCUUUCAAGCUUGCUGGUAUUGGUGGGGUUUCGGAAUUUUUUGGCUGGACGGAUCAGCAACGUGCACAGGCUGCGAAAGAAGGGCUGGGCUAUCGUCUGACCUUCACAGGCCGUCUGGUUGGAGCACUCGUACUUCUUGAUGCUUUAUUUCUUGGCGCUCAAAGGAUUGGCCCUCUGCUUCAAGAACUUCAAUCUCACUAACGCAUAUUGGUCUACGAGCAAACUGUUCUUGUGACGUCCAAGGUUUUGGAGCACAUCCGGCUGUCAUCUUGGGUUUGUUGCAGCUCUGUAUCGCAAGUCCACGGUACAUGUAUGGGGAGAAAAGCUAAGCUUUCCAUGUUUUGAUCUAUGGCUGUAGGUAGUUUCAUCUCAUUUGUGAGGUAGAAUUUCCGUAGGAAUCACUUUCUUUCAUGUACAAUCUGGUCAAAUUUAUGGUUCCCAAACAGGCCUGGAAGGUUGCUAUCGAGUUCAAGGAAAUUACUGGAAGUUCAGUCUUGGAUCCUUGAGAUGGUGAUGAAAGCAUCACAACUCCCAGUCUGAAGAGUACUGUUAUGUUUUGCUUCUGGUUUGAAGGAUGGCUGGAACUUGGAACCAUUAGUGCUUAGCAACACAGGGAUCUCAAUACCUGUUGUUUGAUAGCUGGUUCCGUGGGUUACCAGAAGAAUAGUGCUCCUGUAUAGGCAAAUUUGGUUUCUUAACCUAAAUUUCAUGAUUUCAGUUC